UGCUUCGCUGCACGGAGACAGAGACACCUUGGUUUGGCUGUUCUCUCUCUUUCUCUCCCUGUGCACCUUUGAUUUUGAAUGUUGUAGGUAGGACUGGGAGAGAUUAAAAAGAGUGAGGGAGACGAGUCAAGGCACAGAGUGGCAAUUUUAUUGUCAGGUCAAACCGUCUGCUGGAUUUAUACCCUCCGUCAAUGGUGGAUUGAAACAGGAAAAUUAUCCUUUAACACUGACAGAGAAACGUCGUCCAGCCGCAUUUCACCUUGGGACAAGCACACAGUUGGAGUAGGAGCUGUCUCAAAUCAGUUGGAGCCAUCUUCCUUUGAAUGUUUCAUUUCAAGUUCAUGUAACUUUAAAGUCCCAAACAGUCACAAAUCAAUAGAGGAGAACUUUUAGUCGAGGUGGUCGAAAACACCAGCGGAACCUCUGUGACUCUUUCUUGCCCGUUUCUGCUUGGUGUACUUUUUUUUUGCCAACCGGCCGCAAUGGCGAUGAACAUAGCACACAUGCGUGACACAAAGUGGCUGACACUGGAGGUGUGUAGAGAGUUCCAGAGGGGCACAUGCUCGCGAUCUGACCAGGAGUGUAAAUUUGCCCACCCAGCCAAGAGCUGUCAGGUCGAGAAUGGACGGGUCAUUGCCUGCUUCGACUCGCUCAAGGGCCGCUGUUCCAGAGAGAACUGCAAGUACCUGCAUCCACCUCCACACCUAAAGACUCAGCUGGAGAUCAAUGGCAGGAACAACCUGAUCCAGCAAAAGAACAUGGCCAUGCUGGCCCAGCAGAUGCAACUUGCCAACGCCAUGAUGCCCGGCACACAGCUGCCACCUAUGCCCAUGUUCUCGGUGACCCCUGGCCUGGCUACCAGCGCCAGUGCAGCUGCAGCAGCGGCUGCUGCCUUUAAUCCCUACCUGGGCCCCGUGUCACCAAGCCUGAUGCCUGCAGAGAUCCUGCCCAGUACCCCCGUCCUCAUGGCCUCCAGCCCCACCGUCAGCCAGGUCCCCAACGCCGCCGCCGCCGCUGCUCAGAAGCUGCUGAGGACAGACAGACUGGAGGUCUGCCGGGAGUACCAGCGGGGCAACUGCUCCCGCGGCGAGAACGACUGCCGCUUCGCCCACCCCGCAGACAGCACCAUGAUAGACACCAAUGACAACACGGUCACCGUCUGCAUGGACUACAUCAAGGGCCGCUGCUCCCGGGAAAAGUGCAAGUACUUCCACCCCCCAGCCCAUCUCCAGGCCAAGAUCAAGGCCGCCCAGCACCAGGUGAACCAGGCCACAGCCGCCGCGGCCAUGACUCAGUCGGCUGUCAAAUCACUGAAGCGACCCCUCGACGCAACCUUUGACCUGGGCAUCCCCCAUAGUGUCAUGGCUCCCCUGCCAAAGCGGGCAGCCCUGGAGAAGGCCAAUGGGGCCUCUGCUGUGUUUAACACUGGCAUGCUGCAGUACCAACAGGCCCUGGCCAACAUGCAGUUUCAGCAGCAGGCUGCUUUCCUCCCGUCAGGCUCAAUAUUGUGCAUGACACCUGCGGCCAGCGUUGUUCCCAUGAUGCACGGUGGUAGUCCAGCCACUGUGUCUGCAGCCACCACAUCUGCCACAAGCGUUCCCUUCGCAACUGCCUCCACCAAUCAGGACUCUUCCUUUUCAAAGUUGACUACCAACGAAUACAUGCAAUUGAUUCCAAUAAUAUCUGCAGAUCAUCUGAGUAGUCACAAGUACUUGACUCAAAUGUAGUUCCUCUCAAAAACAAUCAAAUGAAUGUGUGCUGGCACCGUCCAAGCCAAAAGAGUUCAGCCUUUAUGUACAUAACGUUCAGAAUGUCAAGCAAAGGGACAGGAGGGUGUGCCAUCUCUUAGCCGGUCCAUAGUGACGACCUCGCCACGCAUGCAAAACAACUAGGGUGCAACAUUCAACCGCAGGGUGCAACUGUUCACCCGCACAUCAACUUCAAGAAGAGCCAACCUCGCCAACCUCCGUGCUGUCAGUUGUCCAGCCAAAAGAAUACAUCCCGGUGCCAAGGUCAGUGUGUCUGUCUCCUCCUCUGUGGGGACGUCCACUGGAAUUACACCUCUGUGUCUGACUAAAUCCUCCCACCCAAAUUACUCAAAUUAUUAUUAUUACUGCACACACCGACGGUCCAGACCGUGGUUGUAUCAAACUUACGACAUACAGUGCUGGUACGUUAGUAGACCAAGAAAGAUUUUCUUUCCUUUUUAUUUUUUCUGAUUUUUAUUUUUUCUGAUUUUUAUUUCUUUUCUUUUUUUUAUUGACAGCCAUAUUUCAUGGUUUACAAGAGAGAUGCAAACAGGCACCUUGAAUUUGAUUCAAAAUCUGAAAGGCACAAUGACAUUUUAACAGGAAUUUUAUUCGCCAAAAAUGAUUUAGCGUGUACAGUAUUGUCUUUUUAUGGCUACUAGUGAAACUAGAUGUCGAAAAUGAGGGUCUCGGACAUAUGAAUGUUCUAGGUAAACCAACAUACCUGUGUACCUUGAAAGCACAGCCAGGCUAGCUUUUCUCACCGCGUCAUGUGCCAUCAAGGCCAUACAGCUAAAACCAGAGUGUUAUCUCAGCAGUGUUAUCCUGUUUACCGAAGGUAUAUAUGUUUUGUAUGGCUCCUUUUUUAUAUUGGGUUUUUUUCCUUCUUCUUCUUUCGGAAUCUCCAUUGAGUGUUUUUUUUUUUUACGUUUCAUUCGUCGUAGUAAUUUGUUUUAGAAAUGAGGUCCUUUUUUUUUAAUGUUUGUUUGCUCAAUGAGGUUGAGAGAAUGGAGGUGCCUUGCUUGUUUUUCUUUCGUUUUGUUUUUCCCCAAGCUGUUUUUUCCCCUCUCCCAGGUUUUCUUUUCGCUUGUGUUGCGUAGGUUGUUUUUUUCUUCUUCUGCUUAUCAGUUAGGACAAGGUAGUUCUUCAAGUCCUCUGACUGGGGAAGUGAAGGGGAAGCGGCACUCCAGUGUGUAGACCAUGUUACUCCGGUCCCCCUUAUCAUGAAAAGGAGAGGGACUCUAAAACCGUGUGUGUGUGUGCAAGAAGCACCGUUGAGCCAUGUGCUGAUUUGGAACGAAACAAUGAAACGCAACGACGGCAGACCGUAACGAGGUCUCGUAGGUCAUCUGAACCACACGUGCACUUGAAUAGUCGUUUGGUCUGAUCACCCAAAUGCUCAGAUUUCAUUCCCCAUAUCCCAUUUGAACUCACUGAAACGAAACCGCAAAGUGUUUUUUUUUCUUCCUAAUUCACAUGUUGAUCUGACUCUAGAAACCAAAGCACAGGGUUGUUGUUUUGUUUUUGUUUUUUUUGUCAUUAAUUGUAUUUUAUGAAGGGUUACUGAAGCAUCGCCUGAGAGGUUUCGAUUAAAAUUCGGGAAACACGUUUGUCGUUCGUUCCAACUGUCGGUUAUACGGUGACAUCCCUUUUCCCUUUCUUUUUUUUUUCCCACAGACGUGUGUGAUUUGUUUUUACCGAUUGUAAUGUACCUAACAAAGCCUUAGAUUACAAUUAUGGGUCCCAGCCCAUUCAAAUGUACCUUCAAUCACCAUGCAGGUAAAGGACACCAAUGAUCUUUUAUAGUUCUCUUACAUGCCGCUUAUAGUCUCUCGCUCUCUCUCUCUUUCUCUCUCUCUCUCUCUCUAUGUAAAAGUAACAAUUACUCUUAAAUUUUAUUGAACUUAUGUGUUAUGUACUACUUAAGGAUUUGAAUCUAUUUGAGGUAUGUAGUUGUAGAUUUUUUUUGCCUUACUAUAUAUUACUUGACAACAUUGAUAUAGCCGUUGUAGAUUUUGAGGUAGUAUGACAUUCAUAACUUUUUUUCAAAACCAUAUACAUGAUAAUGUGUUGAGUCAGUUUUAAAUAUUCACUUCAUUCAUAUAGCUGGAUGCCUCUUUUUAGUUGUUGUUACUUUAUUAAUUAAUUUGCCGGUGAAAGAGUUUGUGUUUUUUUUUAUAUACAAGGAAUGAGAUCAAUUAAUUUGCUGCAAAUGCAGCAAAGGUAGAAGAAUUGCUAAUGUUUUAACCGACUUAAAAUUUUCCUUGUAACAUGUCGAGAUCAUGUCCGAAAUUAUAUUGUACUGAAAUAUAGAUUUGUCCAUGUUUUAGAGGAGAAAAUUAUUUUCUACUGUAUCCAUUUCAAAAUGAUAUGUAUUAUUGUUUGAAUAUUUCUUAAGUUUGCCCUGAAUGUCAGGCCAAAAUGAACAGUGAGAUUGACGGGUCUUUGGAUGUCUGGUGGAUUGUGGGAUUUAGGGUGUGAGGAGGCAAAGACUUUGCCAGAGUGGUGAGGUCGGAUACGCUGCAGAUGAUGAGUUCUAACCUAAGGGACGAAGGUUGACUUUUUGCACUUCUGUAUAUAGUCAAAUGAACAGAGAAAAAAAAAACAUGUAUCAUAUUGAGAUAUUAUUUUGAAUAAAAAAAAGAUCUAUAAUUAUAAGGAAUUUUGUUAGAUUAAUUUAAAUUCUUAAAUUAGAAGACCAGCUAAAAAAAAAAAAAUUGCUUGCAAAGAAGGGCACUAGUUUCUUGGCCAAUGCAUUCAGAGGGAGCUGCGCGCUUUUUGGCUUAUUUUAUCGGUGGCUCGUGUUGCCAGGGAAUGUUGUAUGGGAGCAGAUAACGCCAUGUCAUACUCACUUCCACCCCUUUAUCUAGGAUGACAUAUCAAAUGACGUCCACAUAUCAGUUUUUUGGACUUGGUCAUGCAGCAUUGCUAUUCCCAUAGUUCAGUUAAUGCAUUAAAGUAUCAAAACUGUUAUCUUGUAAAUUUAAUUGACUGCAUGUAAAAAGAACAAACAUCUAAACAAAAAGAAACUGCAUAGAGUGUAAGGAAAGUUAAUGCAUUCAGAUUACAAAAUACACAAUAACAUAUUUUUCAACUGACAUAUAGUAGUAUCCACGGUGGGGAAGGAAUAAUACUUCAAAUGCAAGUCACUUUACUCGUGUGAUGAAAUAUUUUCCAAGCAACCAUAACAUUUUAAAAAGAAAUAACAUGUUUAGCACUCAUCCACCCCAGAUAUUUUCUCUCAUCAUGGCCGUAUAUUCAACAUUGACUCACAGGAAAUCAUUCCUGCUAUCACAGCUGUGCACUCAGCAGGCGAAGGCUCACCACACCAAACGCAAAAAUUAAAAGGAACCAUCUUAAGUCAAGGUCAACAUGUUUCCGAAUUGAAAUUACUGCAUAGUUGCUAAAGAACCAAAGCACAGUUUUCUCCAAACCGAGCAAAGUAGUUUGGGCAGACAGACGUUCAGUCUUUUGGCUAAAACCAAGGAUUUUCUUCCCUGCUGGGCGCACAUUGAUGCUUUGACUGCUUUUUACUUGUAAGUGCAACCACCAAUUAUGUAUUUGCUAAUAGUUGCCACACAAUAAUGUACUAUUCUGUCUUCAGAUUUGUUUAUGCACAUUUUAUUGUUGCCAGAAUUGACUCUUGCUGUAUGGAUAAAAAAAAUCUGAAUAAAACAAAAUUUGAUUUGCUCAUGCAA